AUGAUUGAUCCCUUGGUUCGCGUCGUGAAUCUUCCCGGCCGGUCCAAUUUCGGGAAAAUUCUGGUACAGAGGAGCCAAACAACCUUGAUCAGCCGGUUCCAGGGAACGCACACGAUAAUCAACCAUUCCUCUUUUCAUUAUGUACAAGUAUUGCGAGAGAAAGGAAAUGUUGUCAUUGUUGGACCGAGACAGUGGGUCAUUUUGAUUUCUCUUGCAAGAAUCCACAACAACGCGGAGGACACGAUGGACGGCUCUCGCCUACGCCAUGCAAUGCACAUGUAUGAUGUACGCCCGAAUAACACACACACAACGCGCGCGCGUGUGCGUGUAUCCGUCGUAUCGAUAAAGUUGCAGAGAGAUGCGAAAAUGAUUGUCCGCGUCUCAGUCCGCUUGUCUAAGGUUCCGCGAAAUAAGGGUCCCCUUACAAGUGGUUGUAUAGAAUACUCGAUUAUCCCUACAUCUUAA